AUGAAUCCACUUUCUGAUAUAUCCUACAUCGAAAUUCAAACGGAAGAUCCGGUUCAAAUGUUUUCACAAAUUUUGGAAGCAUUUGAAAAUUCAAAGCCAAAUAAAACCAUGCCUAGUCCAAUUAAUAUUGCAACUUUUGAUGAUGAAUUUGGAGCUCUUAAUCGUACUGUAAAUUAUCGUGGUUUAACAGUUGACAAGCACAUUACAAUUGUUACACAAAAAGACAGUCGAAAGUAUGCUAACAUAAUGAAAGAUCCUAGAGUAACAGUAACUUUUUACUUGGAAAUACCAAAUACUAAAGGACAGAUAGCACAGUGGCAGAUUCGUUUGUUUGGAAAAGCCAUUGAACUAAGUCCUGGUGAAAUUUCAAAUCUCUGGAAUGAAGAAACUGUGUUUGCCAAAAUUCGAAGUCGAAUUUGUGAUUGUGGCAAACCUAUUGAAUACUUAAAACUUAAAGAAACUCAUGACACCAUUCUGAAGGCUUAUGAAAAUGGAGAGGAUUCUUUACCACAAACGGAAUUAUUUACUGCUUUCAAAGUUGUACCCUCGAUUUGGGAUUUCUAUAAAUCGGAUCCAAAUUGUAUAGGUGAUAGAAUUCAAUACCGUAAAGAUGAGUCAGAUUCAACAAAAUGGAUUAAAAUGCAUGUUGCAGCUUAA